UUCGCGAUUUCGCGCCAAUUUUGGUGCUCCUGUUGCUGUGCUGCUGAAAGUAAAAAAAUACAAGUUUAAUUAGUAGAAUGGAUAGUAACGAUGAGUUAUCUCAGCUUGAAGAACUUCUGUGUGCUGACUUAGGCGAAAUUACAGAAAAUAACACGGCUAAGGAACCUGCAAUUCGUGAAGUGGAUUUAUUUCAAGUGAGCUCCAACAUCAAAGAAAAAGAAGAACUUGCUGUAUCAGAUCAGCCUCCUGGGAAAUCCUCGGCCAUACACAAUGGCGAUACUGACUCGUCUGAUGAUGAGGAACGAAGAAAUUACUUAGAUCGUAAGUACGACAGCUAUGGCUCUGAAGUCAAGAAAAUACUUGAUAACCAAGAACAGGCGCAGACCGAUAAGAGACUCGACUUUGAAUCAAGAUUACGACAAACUAAUAUUGAUGCGCGAGUAGAGAGAAGGAGAAACGAAAGUUUCAUUAAAAAAGUGGAGAAACCUGCUGAGCCAACUAAACACUUGUUUUGUGCACCAGAAACUAAAAACAAAAACACUUCAGACAUUUACACCGAUCCUAUAUUUGGAAUACGGAUUACAAAACCCCUUAUUUCCAGUACAGCUCUCCUGGAUAGAAUGCAGGGGAGAGAAGCUGUGAGUAUGCUUAGAGUUAAAAGAUUUGUAGAAAAUGAGGAUGCAACCCGUGAUUGGGUGACAGCUGGUGUUAUAGUGAGAAAGAGUGCAAGUAAAAAGUCCCAGAAAGGGAGCCAGUUCCUCAUAUGGACUAUCAGUGAUUUAAAGGAUGACUUGAAAACAGUGUCCAUGUUCUUAUUCAGGAAAGCCUACAAUGACUUGUGGAAGACAAGCGAGGGGACAGUAGUGGCUGUCCUUAACCCAAGUGUCCUGGACAGGUCAGAAAAUAGUGCGGACCAGGCAUGCCUCAGUGUGGACAACUCUGACAGAGUCAUGAUAUUAGGACAGUCAAAAGAUUUUGGUAUUUGCAAAAGCAAGAAAAAAGAUGGACAACCCUGCACAGCUUUUGUAAACAUUAAUCAAUGUGAGCAUUGUAUCUACCAUGUCAAGCAGGAAUACCAGAAGUUCUCUAGGAGGCAGGAGCUGCAGUCAUCAACUAUGGGCAAAGGUCUUGUUAAUCUCCAAAACAAGGUUUUGGGCAAAAACACUGUCAUCUACGGUGGCAAAUCUUAUUCAGCCUUACCUUCUGGAAACAGUAAAAAGGUUAAAGACAGAGACCAGAAUAGGCUGAUGACCCUGAGUGACUACUACAAAUCAGAGGGAGAUAACCUGAUGAGUAAUAAAGCACCCUAUGGGGCUGGAGCAAUGAAAAAUAAUACUGGAAUACUACACAGUCCAAGCCCUCAAAGAACUACUGACUCUGAUAGACUCAACAAGCUGUCAGGACUCCGCAACUCAAGCCCUGUCAGUUCAAGUAAAGCUUCACCAGGACAGUCACUAGCAGAAAAAAUUGCAAACUCGCCUACCCUUGGGAGAGGAUUUAGUUUAAAGGGCAGUGGAACAGUAGACUUAAGUAUCUCAUAUGGAGAAAAACGAGCUGAAAGAACCAAAGCAAAUGCUAUAAGACUGAUACAACAAAGUGGAGGCAUUGAAAAGAUUGACCCAAAUAACAUUAAAGGAACUGAGGCAGGAAAGAAAAGAGCAUUGGAGAAACUGAAUCAAUCCAGUGAAGAGAAUGUGAGUAAGAAGUCUAAGCCUAAUGAAGAAACUUUGAAGACCAAGUCAGUGAUGUCGGAGAGAUUCAAGAAGAUACUGGAAGCCACCUCCGCUCACCAGAACUUAAUCCAGCAGCAUGAUGAUGAAGAGCAAGACAAAUACUUCAACAAACUUGAAAAGAAAGAAGCAAUGGAGGAAAAGAUGUUGAAUACCUUCAAACUGCCAUGCAAGGCUGUUAGAUGCAUCAAAUGCAAGUACACAGCUUUCUCAGCUGCUCCUAAAUGUAAGGAGGAGAGGCAUCCACUAAAAGUGUUGGAUACUGUUAAGAGAUUCUUCAAAUGUGGAAACUGCGGUAACCGGACAGUGUCCCUGGAAAUCAUUCCUCUUCACUCCUGUCCCAACUGUAGUAGUUCCAAGUGGGAGAAGGCUCCAAUGUUGAGGGAAAAGAAAGUGACAUAUCUCUCUGACGGUCUCUCCAUUCGAGGGGAGGAAGAGAGCUACAUCGGAGGUCAGGUCACUGCAGGAAAAAAUAUAAAUUUGCUUGUUCCUGAUGGUUAACCUAUGUUACUUUGUGCAUGUCACUAUGAUAUUGGUUUUGAUAACUUUUACAGUAAUUUAUUCAACCUAAAUGUGAUUUUGAUAAAUCUGAUUUUAUUUUUGGAUGUGAUUUUGACUAGCUAUAUAACGAGUGAAUGUUUUUAUAUCUUUAUAAAAUAAAAAUACAACAUGAAAAUAAAGCAUAAUAUAAUUUUUAUUAUGAAACUUUCAGAUAAACAACACUUGAACUAUUCCAUACAAAACAACAUGUUUCGAUUUCAUACAAUAGUGUCAUCUGUUGGGAAUUACUUGUUGGCUUUCAUAUUUUUUACACAGCCUUGAUAAUAAAUAACUACAAGUUAUAAAACUGAUUGAUGAACUAACGAUCACCUGUGAUACUGUUAUCAUGUGCUAUACCAAUGUACUUAUUUACAAAACUGUAUAGAGGAGCAGUGAUCCUAUUAUCCUGUACACAACAUUAAUGGCCCACCGUCUAAAUAUACAUAAAU